AUGCGUUCGUCAUUCUUUAUUGUGCUUCCCAGCAACGAUCCUAGUAACACCUUUGGGAAAAAUACCCCUGCUGAUUUCAAAAUCGUGUUGCCUAAACCCUUGACAUUUGACGCCCCCUAUUUAUGUGGUUUACAGAGCAUUGUCUAUCCUCAUUCAUGGGCUUCUAUCGGGACCUUGGAUGGGCAAUAUAUCGAUCUUACAACUGCUUACGCAAUCUUGAGAAUACACAUCCCUAAAGGGAGUUUUAAUACAAUUGAGAGUUUGGUGACAUAUUUGAAUUCGGUGGUUCAAGAAGAGCUUGAGAAGGGAGAGGGGCGUCGUAAAAGAAAUGCUCCGGAAGAGCCAAAGGUUUUAAAAAAGGGUAAAAAGAUGGAUGUCGCAUUAAAGAAGUCUGUGAAGACUGAUGAGGGAAAUCCAAUCCCUUUGACAAAAGCCGCGGUACAAAAUGUUUCUCUUCCAAACGUUUCUAAUACUAAUAUUGCUGAUGUUGGUACUAGAAAUAAUCCGGGGGGUAUUCGAAAUACUACUAGAGAUACUGCUAAAAGUACUACAUUUUCUCAUGGUGCUGCUCAACCUAGCCCUUUGCCUCCUUCUAAUCCGCCUGUUUUACAACCGUCUACUCUUAGCACUCCAAUUACUACUAGCAUAGCUACUCCAUCUACAACAACACUAACAGGGGCACAACAUACCGCUCCCUCUGCAUCCUCAAAGGCCUCGUCAUCACAACUUUCCAAUCAUAUACAAAAAGGCAAUUUAUCUCUCGAAAAUGAAAAAAAGGCCCCGAAUAACAACAACUCCCAAUCUGCCAAGAACAAAAGCGGCGCGACCUCCUUCUCCCCGGUUUCGACCGACCAUCUGCCUACGCACAAUCCUGCGAUUGGUUUUAUGGAUGUUGAGUAUCCCCGAAUGUCACGCCCCCUUGCCCUGGUUGGCACGAGACGUAUUGAGACUGAACCUUUGAAGGUCCCCGUCUAUGAAUUGAACCGCCCUCAUAAAACGGUGAAAGAGCCAAUCAAAGCAAUGUAUAACCUGAGACCUUUAAGAUCUUCCGAUUUCGCAAUAUUAUACGACAAGAAAAUUCAGCGUGUGAAAACACAUGUUAAUCAUGAAGUAGUGGGGAAGAUUGAGUUCUCACCCCAAUUAAAGUACACUCUAGGGUUUUCGGAUUAUGGGGAAAUUGUAAACGAAACUGUCGCUCCAUUCUCUCCUGAUCUCAGUGGUGGCAUCAAGAACCUAGCCGUAUACGUUGACGAUUUAGUUGAACAGGUUAUUGUCGGCAGUUUUCAAACACCUAUGCUUCGUAUGGUUACAGUAAAAGGCAAACCGGGGGAUGUUGUGGAACAGAUUUACGAUCAACCGCUAAUGAUACCUGUUAGAGCAAGAGAGAUCUCUGUAUUACAUGUUCAAAUUAGAACUCUAGAUGGACGUUUAUGCCCUUUUGAUUAUGGCAUUACUUGUUUGACUUUAUGUUUCAAACCUCUGGCGGUUUUUUAA